GAUAACCCGAACCUCCCCUCUCGCUCGCUUCCUCUCUCUCUCUCUCUCUCUCUCUCUCUCGUACUCCCACCACCACUUAACCUCUGUGGUCUCCAUCUCCCUCGCCGUUCUUCUCCGUCGACAAACACAAGCUUGCCGUCCGGCGAACGGACUUCACAGAAAUGAGAACUGUUGGAUUUGCUUUUCGGACCUUGAGUGACGGUUUAUCACACCGAUUUCAGCAACCCCAUGUAGUCAGAACCCUCUCCACCAAUGCAACCUCAGGUAGUUUUUCAAGAGGCAGUGGAUGGAAUGAUAAGGAAACUAGUAAUUCAACUGAAUCUGCUGAUGAGUUUGAGCGUCGAAUUUUUGGUGGAAAUUCCGGAGGAAAUACAAAGACAAAUAGUUUUUUUGAAAAGCAUGAUAGGCUCGGGAAGACUCAUGACAGAUUUGGUUCAAAAUCUAGUGAAGGAAGUGGUUCCAGUAUAUUGGAUGGAUUAGGUGAAAGUUUUAACACAUUAUCCGAUGGGAUGGAUGGGAAGCUAAAGAAAGCAGCCACAUACUUUGAAUUUGAUCCUGAUGAAAUAGCAAAAGAAGAUUAUGCUUUCAGACCAGAUAUGACUUUUAGGCCAAGAAUGACUUACACCGUUAAGGAUCUUGAUCUAACUAAGCCAGGAGUUCGUAAACCUGUCAAGAGAUAUGAGUUUGAAGUAACUACAGAGGAAGUUUUGAAAAAAGCUGAUUUCAGGAAUGUGAGAUUCCUUGCAAACUUCUUAACGGAUGCUGGAAUUAUAAUAAAAAGGAGCCAGACUCGCAUUAGUGCCAAGGCCCAGAGGAAGGUUGCUAGGGAGAUCAAAACAGCCAGAGCUUUUGGUUUAAUGCCUUUCACAACAAUGGGGACAAAAUCAUUUGUUUAUGGAAAAACAAUGGAGGAUCUGGACGAGGAUUAUGAAUAUGAAACUUAUAAUGGCCAGUUGACUGCUGAUCCAGAAGGAAACGAUCAGUAGGAUCCUGAAAGCUGUUGUAAAAUCUCUUUUCCACAGCCUCGAGAGAGAGAGAGAGAGAGAGAGAGAUUAAGUAGAAAUAAGAAGGGAAGUGACUAGCUUUAUGAUUAGGAAUGCUGAAUCCCACAAGUCUUCAAAUUCCCAUGUUAUAAUUUGUUUAUGGGUUAGUGUAGCAAUUGGAUGAGAAAAUUGUUCAGUGUAGCAAUUGGAUGAGAAAAUUGUUCAAAUUAUCUCAAAGUCCAUUUAGUUUUGUGAUGCAAUACCGUCAUGAAAUUUUUGGUAUCUAGCUUUUAAUUAAAUUGAUUCAAAGCCAAUAAAAAAACUAGUAGUACGAAAUGUUCAUUUUGAUGGUA